AUGCAACCUUCCCCGAGCAUCGAUUCGAACGCACCUGUCGACGUCCGUCAAUCUACGGAAAUGCCAGAGCAUGUCUGUUCGACCUUCUAUGAAGCGCUCAACAUUGUUAAAGACCAAUGCACAACAUCUAUGGAACGCUUUGUAACAAAAUGGGCCUCCGUUCUAAGCUCCAACACUCGCAAAGUCGACAAAGACCAAUGUGCAUCACCUAUGAAACGCUCUCUAGCAAAAUUGGCCUCCGUACUGAGCUCCAACCCUCGCAUAGUCGACAAAGACCAGAAAGCUAUCGUGGAAGACAUUCAGAAAGCAUUCGAUCAAAUCAAUUCGGCCGAAUUUUUACACUACGAAACUGGCAACGACGUUGUCUACGCUGGACACAAGUUCAGCUUCCACACUAUUGAAACUGCAAUGCAUUUCAAAGUAAAAUCGGAGGAGUAG